GCUAGUUGGCGCCCGCAAUUAAAUAAACGAAGAAGAAGAGCAGACGUCCGUUACGUGCAGUUACUGGCGUUCAAUGUCAGUUUGAUGCAUGUUUUUUAAAAUUACACAUCUAGUUAAACCAUUACCGGACUAUCAUGCAGACAGCCGCACUUAGAGUUUUUUGCCACUGGUCUCAGAGUAACAGCACAGCGAUGAUUCGUCAGUGUUUAAAAUGCAGAGCACUAACUCUGCAGCAGAGCUCUCGCGCUUACGGUGUAAUUCCGCCCCCGCGCGACAGUGAGGAGAAGGAGAUGGUGCACCGGAUGCUGCGCGUGGACCAUGCUGGAGAAUAUGGAGCCAACCGCAUCUACGCCGGCCAGAUGGCAGUGUUGGGUAGAUCGAAGACUGGGCCAUUCAUUCAGGAAAUGUGGGAUCAAGAAAAGAAACACCUUGAGAAAUUCAAUGAAAUUCUUGCUGAGAACAGAGUUCGCCCCACAGCACUGUUACCUUUCUGGAAUAUUGCUGGGUUUGUAUUAGGGGCAUCAUCUGCAUUACUGGGAAAAGAAGGGGCCAUGGCCUGUACUGUGGCAGUGGAAGAGAGUAUCACUGAACACUAUAACAACCAGAUAAGAACUCUGAUGGAGAAGGACCCAGAGAGAUACACUGAACUGUUACAAGUGAUAAAGGAAUUUAGAGAUGAUGAGAUGGAACAUCAUGAUACAGGACUGGAGCACGAUGCUGAAAAUGUACCUGGAUACUGGCUAUUAAAAAAUGCAAUACAGUUAGGUUGCAAAGCUGCAAUAUACAUUUCCCAACGUAUCUAACGCUGUUCUUAAAGCAACUGAAUUGUUUUGUUAUUCUGACUCAAUUUUGUAAAUGACUUAAUUUGGACUUGUGUUCUCACUCUGCAUCUUUGUAAAUGUAAAUGAAGUACUUCAACACAAUGUACCUGAUCAUAUCUGUUAAAAUAGAGACACUUGGUGUUACCUACUUUGGGUGUUGUUUACAGUACAUACACAGGCUCUGGGAGGCAAACAUUUCUAUAAUAAAUGUCAGGUCUUGCUUCUGUUUUCUGAAGGCACAUUUUUACUUUUGUGUUGUGUUACUUUUGUGCUUGCUGCAGGAAGGUCAGUCUGCCUGUCUGAAAAGUGUCAGAGUGUUGAUGAGAAAGUGAGAAACUGGUGAAAUAAAGAUACUCAUGGACUUGA